AUGUGUGCCGAAACUAACAGCAUAUCGUCAGGCUCUAUAGGUUCGUCUUCGUCGGGCUUCAACGACUCAGAUGACUACCGUCAAGUUCUAUGUGGAUGUGCUGGUGCGAAUAGAUAUGGUAUUCUUGCUCUAACUCUUUGCUAUCUCUCUUUCCUGAUGUCUAGCCUGAUCGCAUUUAACGCAACAUUCGUGGCCAUGAUGGAUAAAACCACUUCACCGCUCUACAAUGGUUCCAUAACAGACGAUAUUGACUGGCAGAGUUCAGAAUUGUCCAUCGGAGAUCGUCGAUUGUCAUUUGAUGUAAUGGAGAAAAGUUUGACGUUUGCUGGUGGCUUUACCGGCGCCAUGCUCAUCACUUUUCCUCUGAAUAUGCUUCUCCAGAGGUUUGGUACUCAUAAAGUGAUGACUGUAGUUGGUGUAGUGUGCACUUUAAUGGUCGCAGUAACACCAGUGAUCGUCUGUUGGUCGUUUCCAGUUUUCGUAGUUGUGAGGAUAAUUUCGGGUAUAUCUAUCUCAAAUUCGUUCCCAGUGGCCGGUGCUGUUAUUAACGAAUGGGCAUCCACGAAGGAAAAAGGCUUCUUUAUCGCCGUACUUUCGGCCUAUGUUGAGCUUUCUGCAUUGUUUACCAUGCCGAUCAGUGGAUUAGUGGCCACUAAAGUGAGCUGGGAUUUUGUGUUUUACCUUCAUGCUGUUAUUCUGGGAAUAUUCACUGUUCUUUGGGCUGUUUACUAUAGAGAUAAACCUAAGAAACACCCAUUUGUUGCUCGAGGAGAAUGGCAAAAAAUUAGUCUGGGAAAGAAACCGGUCUCAGGAAAGACAUCCCCACCCCUUCAACGGAUAUUCCGAUCGAUGGUGAUCUGGGCGAUUUGGAUCGCUGUCAUCGGCAAUUUCCUCGUGUCUCAGUUCACAAUCUCCUAUUCACCGCUAUAUCUCUCCUAUGUGCUCGGAUUCCCAACUAUGACGGCUGGAUUUCUAACAAUCGCUCCACUGGCUGUUCAAUUGGUGAUCAAAAUGUUUACUGGACUGGCUUCGGAUCGGCUGCGGUGUCUUCCCGAAGUGGGUAAGCUCCGCCUGUUCAACUCAGUAGCCCUUCUAGGAUCCGGACUGUUCUUUAUUUUGCUAUCGGUCGUUCCACCUGCUGGAAAUGCUUCCGAUGUCAUACUGAUUAUAAUUCCUGUAGCGCUGCUGGGAUUUUCAUCUGGUGGCUAUCCGAAAUGUGCUGUCAUGGUAUCACAACAGCACUCUCCAUUCGUGAUGUCCAUUGUACAGAUCGUCGCUUGUUUUUCUUUGCUGAUCGGCUCCUUCGUUGUGCCUGCACUGACCAAAAAUGACACAUUUGACCAAUGGCGAACAGUGUUUCUUAUUUACGCUUUCGUGCUUACACUGUCCAACACAAUCUUCAUCGCGUUCGCAAGGACCAGGAAGAAGCUUAGCGAUGUGGAUUCCUUCACAACGUGCAUCCAGGACGCUGCAAGGGAAACGCUCCCGGUUCUAUUGCCGCGGAAGAAGUUUGUCUUUGCAUCUGCGGAAACAAAAUCCACAUACAAUUCUGUAUGUGUCGCGCGCAGCGCUGGUGACUUCAACCAGGAGAAGCGUCACAGAAGGAAGCUGCAUCGUCAACUGCAACAAGACCGCGAUAACGAGUGGACGUCAAGAGCGAUGAAGUUUGAGAAGGUGUGGAAGGACAGGAACCUGUGGAAAGCCUAUGCUCUACUAAAACAGUGUACAGGCAAAAUUAAAAAAUGUUUCCCUGUCCUCAACACUGCCAAUGGGGUAGCUGUCGGUGAAGCAAUCCUUCCAAUUUGGAAGCAACACUUCAUGACGUUGCUGAACCGUCUAGCACCGUCAGCUUCUGAACUCGAACACGUUCAUAGACCGACAUAUGCGGUUAACGAGGAGCCACCGACCGAGUCGGAGGUCCUGGUCUGUAUUCAAAAAAUGAAGAAUGGAAAAUGUGGUGGAGACGACGGGAUUAGCGCAGAAAUGCUAAAAUAUCUUCCUCCGUCUGGGAUUCGUGAGAUGACAAAGAUCAUCCGUUCAAUAUGA